AUGAUAGAAACGAUUUUAUUAAUUACGACUUCGGUGUUGGUCUAUUUCAUUGUCAAGGUUGUAUUCCCUCCUUGGAGUUUUCCAAAGAACAUACCUACCAUACCAUUUUAUGUGACGUUUCUCGGCACAUUUUUUGACUUGGAUCAGGAAGACAUAUUCGAACUAUACUUGAGAAAACCUAUGGAGAAAUAUGGUGCUGUUAAAAUAUACUUCGGGUCUCGAUGGAACAUUCUUAUCUCACAACCAGAGCUAUUGGCACAAAUUUUCAAAGACGAGGAUACCUUCGCAAAAAGUGGGAAUCAAAAAAAGAUUCCAUAUAGUGUAAUUGCAGCGUAUACCGGAGAAAAUGUUAUUAGUGCCCAUGGCGAGCUUUGGAAACUUUUCAGACGGACUAUUAUGCCUGGACUCCAGUUUUUCGAUUAUUCGCCAAUCUCAAAAAACGCCAAGAGUUUUUGUUCAUUAAUUUCAGACAAAUUGGUGGUUCCAAUAGUCCCUAAUGAAUUGAGUGUCGAAAAACAGUUGAUUCAUAGGAAGACUGGAACAAUCCGUAUGCCAGAGUUGAUCCAAAAACUUACAUUGGCAAACAUCACUGAGGUUGCUUUGGGCUUCAAUAUGGGUGUUCUUACGGACCAAAACUGCGAACUACAUCUAAGAUUAAAGAACGUGAAGGCUCAUAUAUUCAAAUCUUUAUAUUUGAACUUUCCUUUUCUAGAUAAAUUCCCAAUUCCAUCUCGCCAACGUGUGCGAGCAGAGGUGGAAGAUUUUCGGAGACAGCUCAUGGACGAAGUGCAGAGGAAUAUGGUGGAGAAUUACAAUUACGAGCAAACCUCAUUUGCUUCCUCUGAUUUGAUAAGAGGCUUCAAAAAAGGAGAACUCACGAGGUCGCAGCUAGUCGACAACAUUGUAAUUAUCCUCGUGGCCGGUCAUGAAAACCCGCAGCUAAUCUUGACAUCAUGCUUUUACAUGCUAGGGAAAUAUAAGUAUAACUGGCAAGAACGAUUGAGAAGAGAGAUACUACAGAACAAAGAUAUGAAACUAUCUGAGCUACCACUCAUGAAUUCUUUCAUUUAUGAGUGCAUUAGAAUGUACCCACCUCUAAGCCAAAUCAUUAAUCGCCUAACCUCCAAUAUUUGCGUGCUUGGCAGAGAUAUUGUUAUACCUAAAGAUACCUAUGUGGGAUAUAACGUAUAUGGAACUGGUCGCUUAAAAUCAGUGUGGGGGCCCACGGCCAAUCUGUUUAAACCAGAAAGGUGGGGAACUACGAUUAACGAAAUAAUGAGUGAAUGGAAGCAUAAGAAAAAUUCUUGUGCUAUGAGUGCAUUUCACGGUGGUCGUAGAGUAUGUUUAGGUGAAAAGCUCGCUUUGGCAGAGGUACGGAUUACUCUUGCAGAAAUGCUCAAAAGAUUCGAAUGGUCUCUCGCGCCAGGUUGGCCUGAAAAAAUGACCUCAGCGGGACCACUAUGUCCUCUAAAUUUGCAGUUGGAAAUAACUGAACUGAACGAAUCGACAUCAUGA